AUGCAGUGCACUCCUGAACCCACAGUCUUCUUCAAUAGUAACAAAGACCACAAGUGUUAUGAGGACUGCUUUGACAGUGGCUACUCUAGUCUGUUCUACACCCCCCACAGUAUCACCAGAGAUGACUCUUUGUCUGUGGCUGAGUCGGAUGAAACCCCCAAAGAGAACAUGCGGCUUCCUGACACACCCAAGGACCAAACAGGAUUUUUGAUGUUAAAUGGAAAACAUGAUCUAAGUGAUAGCAGCGUGUUGUACACUCCACAAAGCCUGCAGACGCCCAAAUAUACGCGAUAUUUCUGUGAGGACAGUGGCUUAAACUCCCUGACUCUUGAUAAGUCACAGGACUCAUCGGUGGAUCAUGAUGGUUCUUUCCAGGAGUUUCUGCUCUCUGCCUCUAAUGGAUGCAAUGUAACCCCAAAUCCACUGGACACAAAGCGACACUCAUGGUUUCAGCGUCAGAACAGACUGUCCACACUGAAGGAAGGAGGUUCUCAGUCCUCUGAAGAGGAGCCAACAGAUAAGGCUAACAAAGAGAAAAACCUGAAGGAGGACGAGCAGGGGACAGGGGCCCAUGUCCCUGAGGCAGACACCAGGACAGCCCUGCUCAAACGCUCCGCUCUGAAGACUGUGCAGUCCCAGUCUCGGAGCCAGAGCUUCUGCACCCCUCAGUCCAGCAGCAGGAGUAACACCCCUGUAAGCAACAGCCCCUUAACCUCAGCUGGCGGCAGCAAACGAGAUAAAUUCAUAGAGGUUGCCAAAACCCUUUUUAAUGAUGAAUGCCUGAAGCCCUGUCCCAGAUGUCAGCAUCCAGCGCGCUGCCGCUCUGUGAAAGGGGAGGGUGUGUGCAGCAGAGGAGACUGUGGCUUUCAGUUUUGCACUUCCUGCUUGUGUGCUUUUCACGGCUCCAGAGAAUGUGGCAGUCAGUCUGUGAACCGCCGCAAGAAGGAUCUGCUGCUCCCCGGCAGUGCUCAGAGCAAACGCAACAUCAGACGCCUCUGA